AUGAUUGUUAAACACUGGGGCGUACUAAGGGUGCAGGACUGGUUGAAUUCAGCAUCAGAUCUGGCGAAAAAGUCGUCGAUGGAAUUUGACGCUGGGGCAACAGUGAAGGUGAUCAAAGUUAACGAAAUUGGUGUGUUCUGUUACCUUGCUACUUAUGUAUACGACUCUCUGACUUUUGUUAGCUAUCUGCUGCUUGAGUUGACGAUUGAAAUGUGCGAAUCUUUUGACCAAAGACAAGAAAUCGCUGGUAAAUUGAAAGAAGGUGAUAUGUUUUCAAAGACGGAAUAUCUUGGUCAGCUUCUUAGACUGAAUGCUUGUAAAUAUAUCGAUUCAGAGUCAUUUAGUGUUGACUUGAAUGCUUCUUUAGAACUGCUGAAGAUUGCAGCAUCUGCUAUUGCGCAUCAGAUGAAGAUACAGAAGAUGAAUUUCGAUUAUGUUCUUGGUGUUUCGUAUAGUUCUAUUUUUCUUUGUGCGUUUGUUGGCGAAAGGGUUGGAGUUCCAUUUCUUAUGCGAAGAAAGCAACCGAAGUCAUAUGGCACCAAAAAGCUGAUUGAAGGACUGUAUGAAGACGGUCGAAGAGUCACUCUUAUACAAGAUGUCGUCUCAUCAAGUUCAAUCAUAGAAGAGACAGUAGAAGUUUUGCGACAGAUGAAUCUUAUUUGCGAAGAUGUAUUCUGUGUUAUCAACUCACUUCAAGAUGGGUCUGAGAAUUUGCAAAAAGCUGGAGUUCGCUUACACAGUCUGCUGAUGGCAAGUGACGUACUGAGUUACAAAUUUAACGUCGAGAAUAAGGAGGUUGGAGGCGCCUGUAAGGAAGUCGUUGGUGAGAAAGGAAUUGUUAGUGGAAGUUGUACUACUGAAGAAAGCCAUGGACCAGUAGACCGGGAUUAUCUUAUUGGAAAUUUCGUUUCGCUAGAAAUCUUCAAAUUCGGACGCUUCCAAUUGAAAAGUGGAUUUAUAUCUCCAAUAUACAUUGAUUUUCGAGGCCUUAUUUCAUCACUUGAAACUUUACUCCUGACUGCUGAUGCUAUGUCUUACGAAAUUAGACGACGUAAGUUGAAAGUUGAUUAUAUUGCUGGUGUUCCCUAUGGUGCGAUGCUUUUAUCUGCGCUGGUAGCUGAGAAAUUGAAUAUAUCUCUUAUUGGUCUUCACAAAGAGCCAAAUCCAGAUGGUUCUAGAAGUCUCAUUAGCGACAACUUUAAUCGAGGCCAAAAAGUCCUUGUCAUCGAAGAUGUUGUUACUACCGGCUCAAGUAUCUUUGAAACAGUUGCAGUUCUGCGAAAUAUUGGUCUUUUGUGCGACGAAGCAUUCUGCAUUCUAGACCGAGAGCAGGGAGGUUAUGAUAACUUGCAGAAGCGUGGAAUAGAGUUGCACCGGUUAUACUGUUUAUCAGAAGCUCUCGAUUACUUGGUGAAAAUGAAUCGAAUAAGUUUGGGUGAGAGGAACGAUAUAUCAUUGCAAUUGAAAGGCUCUUGA